AGAUGUCCAGGCGAAGUAGCCGUUUGCAAGCUAAACUGCAUCAGCCAUGCCAGAUCACAUCUCCAGAAGAACAGGUCCCAUUGUCACUUCAGAACAGAAAAAGAAAGUCAAUGCAGGACUCCAAGAUAGAUGAAGAAAAUGUGGGAUAUCAAUAUGAAAUUAAGAGCUGUUGGCCAUCUACAAUAUCAGGCGGUGUAUCGCCUUGCAUAAUAAUAGAAACUCCACACAAAGAAAGUACAACCACAGACUUUUCCAGAUUCAAAAAAUACAGGUUUAGAAAUCUCUUCAUAAAUCCAUCACCUUUACCGGAUCUUAGUUGGGGAAGUUCUAGAGAUGUUUGGUUCAACAUUCUCAAAAAAGAAAACAAAUAUUCUCACUGCAAACAUUUCACAUCACUACACUCAAAUCUACAGCCACAUAUGAGAUCAGUCCUCCUGGAUUGGCUUCUAGAGGUAUGUGAAGUAUACACACUUCAUAGAGAAACAUUCUAUUUGGCCCAAGACUUUUUUGAUAGAUUCAUGUUGACUCAGAAGGACAUAAAUAAAACCAUGCUCCAGCUUAUAGGAAUUACAACCCUGUUCAUUUCUUCCAAGCUUGAGGAGAUAUAUGCUCCUAAACUGCAGGAGUUUGCCUAUGUUACCGAUGGUGCUUGCAGUGAAGAUGACAUUAUAAGAAUGGAACUAAUUAUAUUAAAGGCUCUUAAGUGGGAGUUGUGCCCAGUGACAGUAAUCUCCUGGCUGAAUCUUUAUCUUCAAGUGGAUGCAGUGAAGGAUGUUCCCAAAGUGCUGCUACCUCAAUAUUCUCAGGACAAAUUUAUUGAAAUAGCACAGCUUUUAGAUCUCUGUAUUCUAGAUGUCAAUUCUUUGGAUUUCCAGUAUAGGAUAUUGGCAGCUGCUGCCCUCUGCUAUCAUACCUCAGAACUAGUAGUAAAGAAGGUUUCAGGAUUGGAUUGGACUAGUAUUGCAGAAUGUGUAGAAUGGAUGGAACCAUUUUUCAAAGUAGCAAAAAAAAUACCAGUGAAAUUGAAAAAUUUCAAGAAGAUUGCAGUGGAAGAUAGACAUAACAUACAAACCCAUACAAACUAUUUGGAUAUGUUGGAUGAAAUUAACUAUGAAGUAGCUGUACCCAGUCAGCUAUCACCGGUAUCUACGGGAGGAAUAAUAACCCCUCCAAAGAGCUCUGAAAAGUAAAAAUCCUGUAUGUGUGUGAAGACUGGGAUCUUUGUUAAGACUGAAUAUACACACUGAGCUUUUACACUUGAUAUGGCUAAGAAGACUAUCGGGAUGCAACUGAAGGACAUUCACACGCAGCUGGCCUGGAUCUUUUACAUUUGAAGCCCAAUGAGGCCUAGAGAAAUUGGAUUUCUUCUGAUUAACUAAAUUCAUAAUUAACUAUGGAUUUUUAACUUAAAACUGUCUUAAGCAACUUUCAUUUUUUUUUAACAGAUGCAAAUGAAUUGGUCAAAUUUAGUUAUUUGUGAAUUUAAUAGACUGUUUCACCAAUUGUCUAUUGGUGUGUGCUGGUUUUGGAUAGGAUGAAACAUUCUUUUGACCUGUGGUGAUAAAACACUGAGUGAGGCAGUCUGAAACUAAGGACUCAAAGUGAGUCAGUUUUCAGCUUGCACAUCAGUGCAGCCACAAAAUAAAAGCCUUUAUAUUAAUCUUU